AUGGCCACCGAUCCUUGCUCAAGUAUAAGUGGAUGUCGGGUGGCGUUGCUCUCAUGCGGACAAUUUGAUCCACCUUCAUAUGCUCACCUCCGAAUGUUUGAACGCGCAAGAGAUUUUCUCAUGCGAACAAUGGGCUGCAAAGUGGUCGAGGGAAUCAUGAGUGUGGCUGGAGAUACAGCUUCGACUCGAACACCUGCAAAACAUCGUUUGCGAAUGGUCGAGACGGCUAACGCGCAAGAGAUUUUCUCAUGCGAACAAUGGGCUGCAAAGUGGUCGAGGUUAGCAGAUUUCUCAUUAUCACAAAGUCCAUUGACAAUCACAUUCAUCAUGGGAAUCAUGAGUGUGGCUGGAGAUACACCUUCCACUCGAACACCUGCAAAACAUCGUUUGCGAAUGGUCGAGACGGCUGUAAGAAAGAAUUUUUGGAUACGGGCAGGCAAUUAUGAAUGUAAUCAGCAAACACCUGUAAGACAAUUAGCCGUUUUAAAGCAUUAUCAGAAGAAAAUUUCUCAAAAACACGAUGAGCCAAUCCGGAUGAUAUACAUUUGUGGAAGCGAAGUUCUCGAUGAACUACUUGCGGUCCAAGCGGAUGGCUGCUGUCUUUGGACUCAUGCCGAGAUCAAGGAAUUACUGCAGAAAAACGGGUUAAUAGUAUUGAAGCGAGGACGGACUCAUCCCUCACAAACCAUCUACCUCACAGAUGUGCUUAGGCAAUAUCAGAAAAAUAUCUAUGUGAUAGAAGAUGAAACAUUCCCCAAUGAUCUCAGAUGUUCAAGAAUCAGAACUGCCAUACGCCGUGGCGAAUCUGUAAAGUACUGCUUAGAUGAUGAUGUUAUCGAAUAUAUACACGAUCACAAUCUCUAUCAAACAAGCACGAGGAGUCAAGAUGACGAUAAAACAGUGCCACCUGAACCGCCGCAAAGAAGCAGUUCUGAAGGACUUAGCGACAAAUACAAACACGUUGUAAGUAGUGAAGAAGUGAUUUAUUUGUGA